AUGUCAACUAACAAAAGAAUAGCAUUACCAGCCAGAGUCGAACCAAAAGUGUUCUUCGCCAAUGAAAGAACCUUCCUUUCAUGGUUAAACUUCACUGUUAUCUUGGGUUCAUUAGGUGUUGGUUUAUUAAAUUUUGGUGAUUCAGUUGGUAGAAUCUCUGCUGGUUUAUUCACUUUCAUCGCUAUGUUAACUAUGGUUUAUGCUUUGAUAACUUACCAUUGGAGAGCUAAAGCUAUCAGAAUGAGAGGUACUGGUCCUUAUGAUGAUAGAUUUGGUCCAACCAUGUUAUGUAUCUUCUUAUUGGUAGCUGUUGUUGUAAAUUUCGUUUUAAGAAUGAGAAGUUAG